UACAGCACUGUACCGACUCCUGCUCUGCCGGGUGCACCUGUUGCCUCAUUGUGCCAUGAGCGAGGACUUCAUAACGUGCGAGUUAACAUGUUCGUCUCCAUCGGCUGACCCGGAGGACGCUUUAAACGCGGUGAAAACCGGGCCGAUGGAUUGUAAGCAGCCUAUUUUCACCGUGCUGGGCGGCGGAGGGAAGCAGCAGCAGCGGGCGGGUGACACCGCGGUGUCGAGCUCACCCGCUGCGACCACCGACACCGAGUCCGGGAUCUUCUCUGGAGAGUGUGAGCUCUGCGUAAAGCAUGAGUCGGAGCUGGACUGGUUCUGUGGCACCGAGCAGAAGCUCAUCUGCUCCCACUGCGCCACCGUGGGCCCCUGCCACGGACACACUGUGACCCCUCUGGCCACCAGAGUAACCGCAGUCCGGAACCAACUGGUGGAUGUGUGUGAGAAAAUACAGCUGCAGGCACUGAGGAUUGAGAGGUUUAUCGACCAGACACUGACAGCCAAAGAACAAAAGCUUCAGACAGCGGCGAGCAGGGCGAGGGAGCAGGUCCUGGCUCAGGUCAGCGCAGCACGUGAAGCCCUGGAGGAGGAGGAGCAGCGUCUCUUGGAGGGGGUGCAGAGAGAGGAGGAGCGGGUGGAGCAGUGUCUCCUCACCCAGAGAGCCCACUGGAGCCAGGCUUUGGCGAGUCUGUCACAAACACGCUCCGGCCUAGUGCACACACUGACGCACACUCCAGACACGCAGCUGGCGACUAGUGUCCAGGAGAUAGCUGAAAGGAUUGAGGAAGCAGAGGGGGUCGGGGAGCCCUGUGACACAGACCAGCUCAACCUGAACCCAGGCUGCAGUGACAGCAAGCUGCUCAGAGGUCUGUGGGCCACUGCAGUACUGCUGGGGCCGAAUGCUCAGAGAUCAUCUUAUUUAAAGUUUGACGAGCGCACAGUGAGCCCUCUCCUGUCCCUGUCUGACGACUUCUGCACUUUGACCUUCGUAAACAAAAAAUCUCGCCAAUCACCCCGCUACGACCCAGCACGAUUCGACUGUUGGCCCAACGCACUGGGUUCAGUGUCUGUGUCCUCCGGCACUCACAGCUGGAUGGUGGAUGUCGGCCAGAGUGCUGCCUUCAAGGUCGGGGUCUGCUACACCUCUCUGGAGCGCAAAGGUUCUGGGAACGAGGCCCGGCUGGGCUACAACAGUCAGUCUUGGGUGCUGUCUCACUACGACGGGGACUACUCCUUCUUCCACGCAGGGAAGAAGGUUCCCCUGCAGGUUGUGAGGAGACCCCAGAGGAUCGGCCUGCUGUUGGACUGGCCGACUCAGACGCUGCUGUUUUACGAGCCGGACUCCAGUGUCGUGCUGUAUUCUGUCACACAUCCCUUCAGCGUCCCGCUGCUGCUGGCGUGUGCGGUGACUGACCGCAGUAUCACCAUACUGCACUGACACAACACCCACACUACAAAAAAACUAAAUUACCUUAAACAUGUGAAGAAAUGUCAGAAGAUGACUUUCUCUAAUGUAAAUAUAAAUCAGCAGCUAAAGAUCCUCUAUCUGUGCAAUUAUGACAGGCCUCACUUUGUAUUUAUUCUAUUUUAUUGUCUAUUAGUAGCUGCUGAUUCUUUUUUUUACUGUUUUUAAUAAUUUAAUAGAUUUCUUCAUCUGCUGAUCAUAUUACACAGUAUUUGCUGACUGAUGAUUGUUU